AGAGGAUUAUACUCUCCUCUUCUUUCUUUCCAGUUCGCUCCAUAGUAAAAGCACAGACCUGUUACCAGCGAAUCCCCUGGGGACUCUCACUCUGCUGCAAAAAUUGGUAAACUGUAUUACACAGAUGACAAAUCCUCCUCUGGAGCUAAGUAUUAAGGGUUGAGGAAGCGGGUCAAAGGGACUGGAAGAAAAGAGACCACAGAGGUUUGGGUUGGGGCGAAUUUCCAGCAGUCAGUGCUGGGUGAUCACCAUGAGGCAGGCUGUGGAAGCCGAGGUGGCGAUGUCGUCCCCUAGACUGAGUGACCAUGGCCUAAGGCAGAUCCUGUCUGACGUGGUAGAGGAGGUGAAACAUUCCAUCAAUAAGGAAAUCAACGGGGCAGAGCUCCUAUACAGCCUCCUCAACGCCCCCUGGCUCAAGUCUCUGCUCAAAGUGUAUGAGCGUCUGCGGCAGCACCAGAGAGAGCCUCCUGCUCCUUUCCUACCAUACACAACACAGCUCAUCCAACAGAUUCUGACGGACAUGAGAACAGUUCCAAACACUUCUGCUGAGGCCAGGGAGCUUUACAGUCUCCUCAGGGGACCACACCUCCAGGCUCUGAUAUCAGCCCAUGAUACGGUGGCCCAGAAGGAUUAUGAGCCUGUGCUGCCUCCUAUCCCUGACAACCUCCCUGACGAUGAGGAGGCCAUGAGGAUAGUCUGUCUGGUGAAGAACAAGCAGCAGCUGGGAGCCACGAUAAAGCGAAAUGGGAUAACAGGGGAGAUCUUUGUGGCACGGGUGAUCCAUGGAGGACUGGCAGACCGCAGCGGUCUGCUGCAUGCAGGGGACAGGAUCACUGAGGUGAAUGGUUACUCUGUAGAUGGCCUGGAGCCUGAGCAGGUCAUUGAGAGACUGGCCCGGUCUCAAGGCACCCUCAUGUUCAAAGUGGUUCCCAUCACAGACAGACCAGUCAACAACCAGACGAUACUGUAUGUGCGUGCCAUGGCAGACUACAGUCCCCAGCAGGACCCGGCCAUCCCCUGCGCCGAGGCAGGUAUGGACUUCAGGAAGGGAGACCUGCUGGAGAUCGUGGACCAGUCAGACACCCUCUGGUGGCAGGCCAAGAAACUACCCAGCACCUCGGCCUGUGCUGGCCUUAUCCCCUCCACCAACCUGCUCAGGAGGAAACAGAAAGAGUUCUGGUGGUCUCAGCCCUACCAGCCUCACACCUGCAUCAAACCCUGUGAGUAGAGUACAGUCUCUCUUGCUCUUUCAGAGGAAGACCUGAUUGAUGAAAAGUGUGUUGAAGCUGAUGAGGAAGCUUUUGAAUCUGAGGAGCUAAGAGAAGAGGAGGAUGAGUUCAGCACUAACAUCGAGGGGAUCUAUCUAACUGGGUUCAGACGUAGCCUGCGUCUGUGUCGGCGGCAGUCCCUAAGCACAGGCUCCAGUCAGCAGUCCUUCCACACACGCUGUUCCGGCAGCGGCUACGGUGCCCUCAACAACCCAUACGAAGAGGUGGUACGAUACCAGCGCAACCCGCAGGACAAACACCGCCUGGUCGCCCUCGUGGGUCCCUCCGGCGUUGGAGUGAACGAACUUCGCAGACGGUUAAUCGAAAUCAACCCAGUGACCUUUCAAGGGGCAGUGCCUCACACGACACGAGCCGCUAGGAGCUAUGAGGAGUCUGGUAAAGAGUAUCACUUCAUCAACAGGGAACUGUUUGAGAACAUGGUUUACAGCAACAGGUUUCUGGAAUACGGUGCGUACAAAGGUCAUUUCUACGGCACUAGUCUUGAUGCUGUGAAGGAUGUUUUGAACAGUGGAAGGAUCUGUGUCAUCGACAUCGAGCCUCAUGCCAUCCAGUCAGUGAGGACACAUGAGCUCAAGGCCUACAUCAUCUAUGUGAAGCCGCCCACCGCAGAACGCAUGAAGGAGACCAGAAAGGACGCUCAGAUCACCACCAAUUACUAUGUCAACAGACCUUUCAAAGAGGAAGACUUCCAGGAGAUGGAGGAGGCAGCCAGAAAGAUGGAGUCUCAGUACUGCCAGUUCUUUGACUCUGUGAUGGUGAACGACGGGCUGCAAGACUCCUGUGUUCAGCUACUGAGGGCUGUGAGGAGGGCUCAGGAUGAGCCACAGUGGGUUCCUGCCAACUGGAUACGACCCACAGAGGAGUUUUGAUGAGGGGGAGGAGAGGACAUAAAAGGAUAACAAACAGAUGGAGGGCAGGGCAUCGUAAAAGAGGGAAUGGAGAACAACAUGGAUGAGGAGUGGCUGUAACCUUUGGCUGCUACUUCUGAACAUACCCGUUGCUCUCCAGUGGAAUUUGUUUUGGAUUGGAUUUAUUGUUUUGUUUAGUGGUGAGUUUGAGAGACUCAUACAGAUACUGUCCUUGUGUCUGCUUUAAUCUGUUGUUGAAUAAUUAGCAUAUUCAAGGCUAUGGAGCUGGGUUAAACCAAAAAUCAUGUGUCUGUUUUUUUCAAAAAUUGUGUGCGUAGUUGGAGAUCAUGUAUUGAUGUGCUACACAGGCAUGUUAUGAGAGGUUGUAGGUUAACCUCUCAUCUUUCGUUUACAAUUAGAGCAAAUAAUUGUCCAUGCUGAAUUUCUGUAUUUUCUUAAUGUUUUUAUUUUAUUUAAUAAAAAGAAUGUUAAUGCCAAAGAAUGUAAAUUCAAGUGCUCAAGAUUGGUACUAUGUUUCAGUAUGAAGGUGAGCAAGGAAGUGGUUGUGUGCUCACCAUUUGAACACAAUGUUUUCAUAAUACUGAAGGGUAAAAAACUGAAUACAAAACAUGAGCUGGCACACACCCAGAGUAACGGCGAAUAAACUAUAAAAAGUAAAUUCACCCUGAAGAAGGCACAGUGGU